UGCCUCUCUGGGCGGAGCUCCAGGCGGAAAGGCUUGCUUUGGCCCUGGGCUGGAGCGGCGAGGAGGCGACGGCAUGGAGGGAAGCUGCGCGCCCGGAGGCCCGGCUGCAGCAGCCUGCAAGAAAAUCGCCAUCUUCGGCGCCACCGGCAUGACUGGCCUGGCCACCCUGGCGCAAGCCCUGGAGGCGGGCUACCAGGUGACAGUGCUAGUACGGGAUCCUGUCCGGCUGCCCCCUGACCUCCAGCCAGCACAAGUGGUGGUGGGAGAUGUGCUGAACCGGGCAGACGUCGAUCGAGCCGUGAGGGGGCAGGAUGCCGUGAUCAUCAUCUUGGGCACCCGCAAUGACCUCAGUCCCACCACCAUGAUGUCUGAAGGCACCCGGAACAUCGUGGCAGCCAUGAAGUCCUGCGGCAUCAGCAAAGUGGUAGCCUGUCUCUCAGCUUUCCUGAUGUGGGACCUGGACAAAGUUCCUGCCAGGCUGCAGCCAGUGACCGAAGACCACAUCAGGAUGCAGCAGAUCCUGAAGGAGUCAGGCCUGGACUGCAUCUAUGUCAUGCCACCCCACAUUGCAGGUGACCAGCCCCUCACCGGCAACUACACUGUAACCGUGAACACUUCAAGUGGUGCCCGAGUCAUCUCAAAGCAUGACCUGGGGCACUUCUUUCUCAAGUGCCUGACCACAUCGGAGUAUGAUGGGAAAAACGUCUACCUCUCCAGGCAUUAUUCCAAGGAAUGACUCCCCUCCUCAAAAGGCUGGAAAUCGCUGCCUCAGAUGCAUUCCCCCUCCGCCCCUUGUGCUAAUGAGAGCCCCCCCUCACUUGAAGGCCAGUCCCUGCGCGCCGAGAUGCCCCUGAAUCCAAACACAGCUGUGCGGGCUCUGGCCCCCGUCUGGGCCGGUGCUCUGCAGCUUCUUUCCCAUGGCAGAACAACAAAGAGCCCUUUUUGCUAUGCCGAGGAAAGCCCUUGCGCAGAACAAAUGAUUUAGGGUCUGCCGCUUGAGCAGGGGUUGGACUGGAAGACCUCAAAGUUCUCUUCCAAACCUAUGAUUCUACGUUCUAAGUGGAAGGCAGCAGCCAAGCCCCUUCUAUCAGCAGAGAGGAGGUUGGAUGCUGAGGCCACCUGGAAAAUUAGGUAUCCAGCUGUAAACAAACCCAUCAGAAGUAGUAAAAGGUUGGACGGCAAGUAACUGAAUAUCCCCAGGUUAAUGCUAACCUUCCUCCUGUGUUGUUAAGAAACCUUAAUUCAUGUUGAUGCUUGCAAAGUACUGUGCAGCUUGAAAGCAUACAAAGCAUAAGCAGCUAAUCAAAUAAAUACUAAACUAUU